CUCUCUUACCAUAUUCUCUUCUCUUCUCGAUCUCUAUCAAUUAAGGUCUAAUGGAAGCGAAAGCAGAUGCAGAUUAUACACAAGAUGGCACUGUUGACUUCCGCGGUCAACCUGCAGUUCCAUCUAGAACUGGAAAAUGGAAAGCCUGCGCCUUUCUUGUUGGGUAUGAAGCAUUUGAAAGAAUGGCGUUCUAUGGAGUAGCUUCAAACUUGGUUAACUACCUUACAAGAGAGCUCCAUGAAGACACAGUUUCAUCAGUGAUCAGUGUGAAUAACUGGUCAGGAUCUGUUUGGAUAACACCAAUUCUUGGCGCAUACAUCGCUGAUUCUUACUUGGGUCGUUUCUGGACUUUCACAAUUUCUUCUCUCAUUUAUGUCCUCGGAAUGAGUCUGCUGAGCAUAGGUGUGUCCCUGAAGAGGUUGAAGCCAUCAACCCAAAUUACAUUCUUCUACACAGCACUCUACACAAUAGCAAUCGGAGCCGGCGGCACCAAGCCCAACAUCUCCACCUUCGGCGCGGACCAAUUCGACGACUUCAAUCCGAACGAGAAAGAACUGAAAGACUCGUUCUUCAAUUGGUGGAUGUUCACCUCAUUCCUUGGGGCCCUAAUUGCCACCCUAGGCCUUGUUUACAUUCAAGACAACUUAGGCUGGGGAUUGGGCUACGGUAUUCCUACGGUAGGUCUACUCAUUUCGCUCCUCGUAUUCUACGCCGGCACCCCCAUGUAUCGCCACAAGGUUAACAAGACCCGCAGUCCCGCCACGGAAAUCAUGAGUGUUCCCAUUGCUGCUUUUAAGAACAGGACCCUUCAAUUACCCACUCACCCUUCACUCCUUUAUGAAAAUGACUCUCAAUAUUAUCUUACUACUGCCAAACGUCAAAUUCAUCACACUCCAACUUUCAGGUUUUUGGACAAGGCUGCAAUUAGACAAGAGAGUACUAGUGGUUCCCCAAGAGCACCAUUAACAGUAACACAAGUUGAAGGAGCAAAACUCAUAUUUGGAAUGGUCACUAUAUGGCUGGUAACACUGAUUCCCAGCACCAUUUGGGCACAAAUCAACACCCUCUUUGUGAAACAAGGCACCACAUUGGACCGAAAACUCGGCUCCGAUUUCAGAAUCCCAGCAGCAUCUCUUGGAAGCUUUGUCACACUCUCCAUGCUUCUCUCAGUGCCAAUGUACGACCGGUUCUUCGUCCCCUUCAUGCGCCAGAGAACCGGCAACCCCAGAGGGAUCACAUUGCUCCAGAGACUUGGAAUUGGGUUCUCAAUGCACAUCAUAGCUAUUGCAAUAGCUUAUGCAGUGGAAGUUAAGAGAAUGCAUGUUAUAAAGGAAAACAAUGCAAUUGGUCCUAAAGAUGUUGUUCCUAUGAGCAUAUUCUGGCUAUUGCCACAAUAUGUUCUUAUUGGUAUAGCUGAUGUGUUUCAUGCAGUUGGAUUAUUGGAAUUCUUCUAUGAUCAAUCCCCUGAAAACAUGCAGAGUCUGGGCACAACUUUUUUUACUAGUGGAAUUGGUGUUGGGAACUUCUUGAACAGCUUUUUGGUGACUAUGGUUGACAAGAUCACAGGGAAGGGUGAGAGUAAGAGUUGGAUUGGUGAUAAUUUGAACGAUUGUCACUUGGAUUACUACUAUGGAUUCCUGUUGGUGUUGUCAAGUGUGAAUUUGAUGGUGUUUCUUUGGGCUUCAAGCAGAUACAUUUACAAGAAGGAGUCUAUAAUGGUCAAAGAUGGACUUUGUGUUGAAAUGGAGGAGAAUCCAUCUAUGGAUGCAUCUCUUGGAUUGCAAGUAUGAAAAACCAUACUCUGAUGCAAGGUACCUAUUACGCUGUGUUCGGUUUCUGUUUUGAAUUUGUAAACAGCAAAAAGUGAAAGCAGAACAGAACAUGCCCUAAGCAAACUAGAGUAUAAAAGAUAAAGUAAGAAAAAUAGUUAAUAUGGCAAGGCAUAUGUUAAAUAACCAAUUGUAUAUUUGGCACAAAUUCAUAUCAGAUUGUAAUUUGAAUUUAAUUGGCCCCGGAUAGGUAAUUUUUCGAGUUAAUUCAGAUUCACAAGUUCGUUUAGAAUUUACGGGGGAAAAUGUAUAAAUAUCAUCGUUAUAAAUAACAGUCAUACAUGUAGUCGACCCUACUUAAUGAUAUGCAAGUAAUGAAAUGCUAGUAGUUUUGCAGUAGUUGUUUAGCAGCUUUAA